GAUCGUUGCUUACCACACGUCCACACUGCACCGUAUUUGCACGCAGCGAGUGCAUCAGUGAAUGCACUCACUUUACCAGUGUUGAGAACACAAAUCCGCAGCAUUAUCCUGUUCCUAUAACUCUAAAUCAUAGCCCGUGCCCCUUUGUCAUCACAGUUCCAACGCAUUUCAAUAUUCGGCACGUUUGGAAAUCCAACUAGUGACGAUGGAGCCUCAGCUACCGCCGCAUUUCUUGGACCUGAGCAAUGCCCUGUCCAGAGCUGGCAGCACUGUAUCAGUGGCAGGAGUGUGUAUCUAUUCAACCAAAGAGCCCAAGCAAUCCAAAGGAGGUGACUGGUUCGUCACCAUUACUAUCAAUGACCCUUGGUUACAAGCAAAUGCGUUUGCGGAUGUUCGUGUUUUUGGAAAUUUUGGAGAACUACCCAGAGUUACAGCUGGGGAUAUUUGCCUGUGCCGCCUUGUCAUGGUGACACGUUACGGCAACAAAGCAUUGUUUUCUGCAAACCGGCAAGCCCAUGUCUAUCUCUUCCCUUGCAGCUCGAUACCGAGCCGAACCAACAGACUCGCCUUUGCGAGACAAGGAAGUGUAUUGGAUUAUACCCGCCACCCCCCCUUGUUAUCGGACCCAACACAGGAAGAGAAAAAAUUUGUCCUUGGACUGCACGAUUGGAACACCAGCAUCAAUAUCCGGUCCAUCGAAGGGUUCGAACCCAAUGGGCAACAGACGGGAUCUGUUGGCCAGCCUAAGCGUGAAAAGUUCGCCUUGAUCAAAGACAUGGUGCCCGGCACCUUCUACGACAUGGUCGGCGAGGUCACGAAAAUCUUCUCCAUGAUGGACGGACCCAGCUUGGAGCUAGUGGAUUAUUCCGGAACCACGCUCCCCGGGAAUGCCAACUCCAACGGGGUUCGGGAAGGGGAUGAAUACGGCUACACGAGCCACGGCAGACAGCCAGCGUGGAGCGGAGCCGGCGGACAGCGGACCAUCAAGGUGAAGCUCUUCGACCACCACGGCCGCUGGGCCUCGGAGAAUGUUCGAGUGGGUGACCACAUCCUGCUGCAGAAUAUUCGGACCCGCGAGGGGACGUGGGGAAUGGAAGCCCGUCUGCACGGGGAUCAGCAGUACAGAAGCGGGCUUAACGUGCACAAGAUCAAGCCGGGCACCUCGCAUUACCCGCAUCUGGAAGCCUUAACCAAGCGUAAAGAGGAGUAUUUGGGUUACAGGGCCGAGUCUCCACCUCCUGAAAGGUCGAACAACCAAAGACCGCCGCAAAAUCAGACAAACGUUCAGACGAAUCCUCAGUCGAACGCUCAGACGAACGGCGUCAGUAAGAAGGCGAAGAACAGGAGACGAAGGAGACAACUCGCAAAAGAAGCAGCCAAUAGUCGAACUGAUUCAGAUUCCGGCAAAGCUCCCACCAGCAACCCACCUCCAAUAGCUAUGCACAAUCAACUAAUCCGAUGUGGCCACCCCGACGCCCCCAUCUUAUCCGUAUCGGAUAUCACGGACCAUUCCCAUCGAACGGGCGGCUCCGCCACCGACGCGCUCCCCAUGCUCAACUUCAACUGCCGCGUCAGAGUCCGCGUCAUCGACUUCGACCCGCCCAACCUGGAGGACUUCUCUCGGUCACUAGACGACGAGGCGUACAACGACGCGGCGCCCGAAACCGACUUCGACUCCGAUGGCGACUCGGUGCUGUGCUCGCCCAAAUGCUGGGAGUGGGCGUUUCGGUUCCUGGUGGAAGAUGCGCUUCCGGUGCACGCGGGCGCGAAGGCCGCACAGAUGGAACUGAUCGUGGCGGGACAGGAUGCGGAACAUCUCUUGCAGCUGGACGCGACGGACCUUCGGAACAACAGUACCGCGCUCGCGCAGCUCCGGGAGAAGCUUUUCCAUCUGUGGGGGGACCUCGAGGAGGUGAAGCAGAAGGCGAGGCAGGAGACGUCGGGCGGUGGAGCGGUGGAGCGGGACGUGGCGGCGACCUCCCGGCCGUUUGAAUGCUGUGUUAAGGAAUAUGGAGUGGACGUCAGUCCGGACGGGUCGGGGGAAUGGGUGCGCUGCCAUCGGAUAUUCAAGACGACGAUUAGCUGAAUACAUCGAGGGUUCGUACGUCGUAGCGGGCGGGGAGAGAGUGGCUGCUGGAACGAGGUCGAGGGAGUCGUUUCUACGAGCAAGGCCCCAGACAUGGGUGUGGAUUCCGUGAUGCGUUACCGUUGAUCUCAUAUGAAGAUUGAAGCGUUUCUAACCCCUUACCCCACAAACUACCUACCAAAGCCGACGACGCGUCGAUCUCCCAAUUAACUCCAGUCUCCACUCCACAAAAAAAAG